CAAGACGAGCCACACUAUCGCAGCAAGCGCCAAGUGCAGUUGAAGACCCGCGACAUACUUUUGGGAGAAAUCCACGAUGCACUCGUGUACCUUCGCCCGCUGUCCGCCGCUUCCGCAGCUCGUCGGUCCUCAUCCCACGUCGAAUCCCGCAUCCACGAAUUCAAGAAGCGAAUCUCGACGUUCAUGGACGAUUUCGAAAGCAAGGGAAGCGUUGACACGCAAGUAGCGGUUUUCACCAUACUCGAAGAGAUGCGUGAGUUGGUGAUACGUCUUGCUGAUAUGCCUUUUGAUUAUGACCUCGUAGGCCUUGACAAACUCCCAUACGCGCGCGGCGUGCGAGCCGAGCCAAGCAAGCGGUGCUUGCCCGGGACACGCGUUGAGUUACUUCAGAAAAUUCAAGAUUGGGCUCUCAGCCCCGUCGCCAACCGUGUAUUCCUACUUCAAGGUACCGCUGGCAGGGGGAAAACCGCUGUCGCUCAUACAGUGGCACUGUCCUUGCAAGAGGCUGGUUUUGUUGCGCCCUUUUUCGCGUUUAAUAGGUACGACCAGGAACGCGCUGCACACCAGCUCCUGCCAACACUGGCCAGACAACUCGCGGAGCGAAACAAACUGUACAGCCAGUACCUAUGCGAUCAGCCGCCUUCGCAGCUAGAAAGUCGCGAUUCCGCGACUCAGGCUCGGUGUUUAAUCCGCGGGGGCUUGGGAGACUGUACCGUCGGCACUCCCAUAGUGUUCGUUAUAGACGCGCUUGAUGAGUGCUCUGAUGCACGCCUGCAAGCCGAAGAUCGAAGGAGCAUGCUA